CCAAGCCCAACCCGCCGCCUUCUUUCUCAGUCUCAUCUGCCCACUUUCCAUAUUCUUCUUCAGUUCUUCUCCUUCAAUUCUUCUCCAGUCUUUUGCAGUGAUGACGUAACGCAUUACCCACAAAAAGAGAUAAGCUCAAAUGAUGUCAUCAGUUGCAUUAGCUGCUUCAGCAAGUUUUGUACCAUUCAAUUCUAGGGCAAAGCACUUGGCUAGACUAUUUCCUGGUUUCUCAAGAAGAUGUGGUGAGACCAACAUAUCAUUAUCUGCGAGUUCUCAACAGAAAGGAUUUCGGUUUGCUGUUGCUUCCAGUGCCUCCGGGACAAAUGGAAAUGUUGCAGAGAUACCUGAAGCUGAAACUGCACCUCAGUUAUAUUCUUGGCCAGAUAAGAAGAGACCAAGGGUAUGUAUACUAGGUGGUGGGUUUGGAGGUCUAUAUACUGCGUUAAGACUAGAAUCUUUGGAAUGGCCUGAUGACAAGAAACCUCAGGUGCUCCUUGUUGACCAGUCUGAACGCUUUGUUUUUAAGCCAAUGCUGUAUGAGCUUCUGUCUGGAGAAGUAGAUGCAUGGGAGAUAGCUCCUCGUUUUUCGGAUUUGCUGGCAAAUACAAGUGUGCUGUUUUUUCAAGACAAGGCCAAACUAUUAUAUCCCUCUGAUCAUUUCGAAGUGAAUGGACCUACGCAAUCCAGUCGUGGGGGAAGUGUGCUGCUUGAAAGUGGUCUCCUUGUUGAAUAUGACUGGCUAGUUCUUGCUUUGGGAGCUGAAGCUAAGCUUGAUGUUGUACCAGGAGCAAUAGAGUUCGCAUUGCCAUUCUCCACCCUGGAGGAUGCUCGUAAAGUUGAUCAUAAGUUAAGAACAUUGGAGAGGAGGAACUUCCGUAAAGAAUCUUCCAUUCGUGUGGCUGUGGUUGGUUGUGGUUACUCUGGAGUUGAGUUAGCUGCCACCGUAUCAGAGAGACUGCAGGAUAGAGGUACAGUACAAGCAAUUAAUGUGGAAACCACAAUCUGCCCGAAUGCCCCACCUGGCAAUAGGGAAGCUGCAAUUAAAGUUCUCUCAUCCAGGAAAGUUGAACUUUUUUUGGGUUAUGUUGUCCGUUGUAUUCGUAGAGAUGUUGAUCUGGAAGCUUCAGAAAAGCCAACAAAGAGCAUAGGUGUUGCUCAACAUGAUUCUGAGAAAUAUAUAUUGGAACUUCAACCUGCUCAAAGGGGAUUACAAAGUCAAACUGUGGAAGCAGAUAUUGUAUUAUGGACUGUUGGGAAUAAAUCUCUUCUUCCUAAGCUGGAACCCCGUGACAGGCCCUAUGACCUUCCCUUAAAUGCCCGGGGACAAGCUGAAACAGAUGAAACUCUUCGUGUUAAUGGCCACCCACGCAUAUUUGCAGUUGGUGAUUCUUGUGCUCUAAGGGAAUCCAGUGGAAGGCUUCUUCCUUCGACUGCACAGGUUGCUUUUCAGCAAGCAGACUUUGCUGGCUGGAAUCUGUGGGCUGCAAUCAAUGACCGUCCUCUUUUGCCAUUUAGGUUUCAGAAUUUAGGUGAGAUGAUAACUCUUGGCAGAAAUGAUGCAGCUAUCUCUCCAAGUUUCAUUGAGGGGCUAACUUUAGAAGGUCCUAUUGGCCAUACCGCGAGGAAAUUAGCGUACUUGAUUCGAUUACCAACUGAUGAGCAUAGGCUUAAAGUAGGAAUCAGCUGGCUCACAAAAUCUGCCAUAGAUUCUGUUGCAUCAAUACAGAGCACCCUGACUAAGGUUCUCUCAGACUCAUAAACUAUGGUUCAAUGGUUGUAAAGGAUCUAAUUGCUGGUAAAAUAAUUGUUACCAUUUAUCGUUUUAUUAUGAUCUAUAUAUAAAAGAUGAUGUGUAGAACAGUUUUAUAUCGAGUAAUGGAACAAAUGAUUGAUCUGUUUUUGUUGA